CAUCUCCAUCACCCAUUCCCACUGCAGAUCCAAAAAGCUCCCCUCUCUUUCUUCCCCUCUCUUGGAUUUCUUGGAUCCUUUCUUCUCUUUUUCUCUCACUCUCAAACGGUGAACUGAAACCCCAAGAAAACCCACUUGAAAAUUCAGCAGAAAGGUCCCAGCUUUCUUGUUGUUUCCCUUCUAUGGCGGCAGAGAACAACCUCAGCACCCUGAGAUCAAGAGAGGUCUCGACCAUGAUAAAGCAGGGCUUCAUCCCCGACCAGGCUCUCUGCUACUCCCCCUCCAGGUCCUCCCCAGCCCGGCCCCACCACUUCUCCCCCUCCUCCUCCCCGCCCAAUUCCUCCCCCGGGUCGGCCUACCGGUCCCUCACCCGCCCGACCCUCUUCGAGAUGAUGUCCCAGGAGCAGCACCGCCAGGACUCCUCCGCUCAAUUGAGGUCCAAAGUCUCGAGGAUCCUGUCGAACGCCCCAUUCAGCAACAGCAUUGCCAACGGGGGUUGUUGGGGGCCUAAUAAUCGGUCGGGGGAGGUGCGGCUCACGGUGGUGGCGAGGGACGGGUUCCGGGUAUCGAUGGACGUCCACCGGAGGGUCCUCUCGGAGAAGAGCCGGUACUUCGCCGAGAGGCUGAGGUUCGAGAAGGGGUCGCAUUUGGUGGAGGUGGAGAUCAGUGAGUGUGACGAUGUGGAGGUCUAUGUGGAGACUGUGGUCUUGAUGUACGGCGAGGACUUGAGGAGGAAAUUGACUGGGGAAGAUGUGAGCAAGGUCUUGGGUCUGCUCAAGGUUUCUUCCGCUCUCAUGUUCGAUGAAGGAAUCUCUGCAUGCUUAGAAUAUUUGGAAGCAGUUCCAUGGUCGAAUGAGGAGGAGGAGAAGGUCAUAUCUCAUCUCCAUCAACUUCACCUCCUUGACUCGGCAACAGAACUCCUCCAGAGAGUCUCAGCCAAACCCUCCACAUCGGCGAGAUCUGAUGAUAUCUUCAUGAGACUGCUGACUGGCGUCCUACAGGCAAAGGAUGAAAAAGCCCGCCGAGAAAUGAAGACUAUAAUCUCGCGGUUACUCAGAGAAGAUUCUUCCUCUCAACACAGUGAUAAUGGAUGUGUUGAUGUAUCACGAGACACCCUUUACCAUAUAUGCCACCAGUGUCUCAGUUCUCUCAUUCUGUGCCUAUCAGAAGCUACGGGAGUGGAUGAGAAAAGCGGGCGGGACCGAGGAGUGCUGAUGGGCGAGAUUGCCCGGGAGGCAGAUAAUCUAAACUGGGUCAUCGAUAUCCUAAUUGAUCGGAAGGUAGGGGAUGAGUUUGUGAAGUUGUGGGCUGAUCAGAAGGAGCUUGCUAUCCUCCACUCGAAGAUCCCCACGAUGUAUAGGCAUGGGAUUAGUCAAAUCACCGCUCAGCUAUGCAUCGCAAUUGGGAGGGGGAGCAUCCUCGUUCCUCGAGAAAUUAGACUCGCUUUGCUGCUGACAUGGCUUGAGGGUCUGUACGAGGACUUUGGUUGGAUGAGGAGGGCUUCAAGAUCGAUGGACCGGAAGCUCGUUGAAGAAGGCCUGGGGCAGACGAUCCUGACCCUUCCUAUGUCCAAUCAGCAGGCGAUUAUGCUGAGCUGGUUCGACCGAUACCUUAAUAAGGGAGACGAUUGUCCCAACAUCCAGAGGGCAUUUGAGAUUUGGUGGAGGAGGGCUUUUGUGAAGCAGAAUGCCAGUGAGAUUAGUGAUCCACACUUGCAAAUAACCGUGUGCGAGUACCCGAACUGAGAUGCUUGGCAUGGAGAAAAUUCGGUGGAAGAAGGAUAGCAUAAACAUUGAGGUGGAGAAAGUAUAAAUUUGUCAGUCCACAUAGUUGUGCUAUGCAACCAUUACCUUUGCUUGACAUCUGAUUGGAAGUCGUUCUCUCGUGGUGAAGGGGCUGUGUUGGAAUUUCGGGUAAAAUGUGUACAUUCUUCGGUUGGAUUUGAAGACAAAUCCAUAUUGAUCCAGUCAUCUGGUCCUUGUGAGGAGGCAGCAGUUCAACCUUUUGCUCGCAGCGGAAUAAGCUGCUGUCAAUAAAUUGUGAGGAAUUGUAUAGUUCUUUCCUUCGCUUGCACAUCUGAAGCCUUCUAAAGGCACAGAAGUAUCAUCUAGAAAAACUUACUUAGGGGCAAAA